UCUUCCUGUUCAGGCGAAAGGACGGAACUGCGUUUCUCUCAUUUUACGACUAUUUUUUAGCGAAACCGAAGCCGAAAUCGAGUUUUCUGAACAAUGGGAGCCGUGCUGGGAGUGUGCAGCUUGGCCCAGAUGGCCUGCUGCUGUGGCUCUGCCUGUAGUCUCUGCUGUUCGGCUUGUCCAUCAUGCAGACUCAACAUCAUCACUCUUAUGUUGCUUAAUGUGCUACGGGCACCUUUGUACUUGCAUUAUGCUUCCCCAGGUUUUAAAAGUGCUUUAAAAAAAGAUUUUUUCCCAUGUGUCCCCCAGCACCAAGCACAUGACCAAGUCCCAUUCUGUGAUAGUGGUGAAGGAACCAGCUUCUUGGAUACUGCAACUGAUGCUGUCAAGGUCGACUGCUCUGGGGUGGUGGGAUAUCUGGCGGUGUAUCGACUGUGCUUUGCUAUGUCGCUGUUCUUCUUCUUUAUGGCCCUCAUUAUGAUAGGAGUGAAAUCCAGCAAGGAUCCAAGAGCAGGCAUUCAAAACGGAUUCUGGGCCAUCAAGUACCUGGUUCUCAUUGGAGCAAUCAUUGGAGCGUUCUUCAUUCCUCACGGGCAGUUCGGACAAGUGUGGAUGUACUUUGGCAUGAUCGGGGGCUUCCUGUUCAUUUUGAUCCAGCUGGUACUCAUCAUCGACUUUGCACACUCCUGGGCCGAGUCCUGGGUCGACCGCUACGAGGAAACUGAGAGCCGUGGAUGGUAUUGUGCUCUGCUGGGCCUUCCCUUCCUGCACUACGCCCUGGGCCACACUGCUAUUGUUCUCUUCUAUGUGUUCUACACUACUUAUGAAAGCUGCAGCCUCCACAAGUUCUUCAUCUCCUUCAACCUGAUCUUGUGUGUGAUCAUCAGCAUCAUCAGCAUCCUUCCCAAGAUCCAAGAAGCACAGCCACGAUCAGGCCUCCUGCAGGCUUCAGUUAUCACCCUGUACACCAUGUAUCUGACCUGGUCUGCCAUGACCAACACCCCAGACAAGGAGUGCAAGCCAAACUGGGUCUCUGUUAUCAAUGGAAAUGAGCCAACACCUGCUCCAGAGGGCGAAGAACCCAAAUUUGAUGGAGAAUCAAUUGCAUCCCUGAUCAUCUGGUUCUGCUGUGUCCUUUACUCCUCCAUGCGCACGGCCUCCAACUCCCAGGCAUCGCGGCUGACCAUGUCUGACAAGGUGCUCCUCAAGGAUGACUCGACUGCCCGUAGGAUGCCUUGGGCAAUUUCCCUCGUGUCCAUACGGGUGUUUGCAGAAAUUCAAGACAAAGGAUUAACUUGUGAGCCAUUUAUGUGUAAUACAAUUAUAAACCAAACUGUGGGCUUGGCAUGUCCAUCCAUGGUUGCCAUCUGUGGCAGUAUUGGGGGCCCGACAGUGGGCGCGGAGUCCGCUGAGUUAAGCCGAACGUCCCGUUCCACAUGCUCGGGCGUUUGCUGUGCAUUUGAGCUGAACCUGCCAACCAUGCGAGGAGGACCACCAUGGUUCAAUAUAGUUCCAAUGACUCAUACCUUGAGUGAGUUAAAGGACAUGCCAUCUUGUGAACUGACGCGCUUCAGGAGACCCGAAUCAGGUGAGGGCCACCAUGUAUGGGACAAUGAGGAGGAGGGAGUAGCUUACUCCUGGUCAUUCUUCCACAUCAUGUUUGGCCUUGCCACACUCUACGUCAUGAUGACACUCACCAACUGGUUCCAACCCAACUCCGACCUCACCACACUCUCCAGUAACAUGGCUGCUGUCUGGGUUAAGAUUGUAUCCAGCUGGAUCUGCCUCCUUCUGUACGGAUGGACCCUGAUUGCACCCGCAGUCCUCACCAACAGGGACUUCAGCUAAAUACCACUUAGCUCAAGCAGUAGAGGGAGAAAGAUCCCAUUUUUGCAAAGCCUCUGAAAAU